AUGGCACAAACGAGAUGCAUACUUUCGGUACCUGCAGCAGAACUUCAUAGGCAUUAUUCUCCAAGUAUAAAGCGGGUGGCGGAAAUCAGCACCAUCAGCACCCAUUGUUAUCAGCAUGGCCAGCGUAUCCGCAUCGCAAUCAUCUGCGCCCUGCCCCGCGAGGCCGACGCCGUCACACUACUGUUUGACGACUUUGGGGCAACGUUGGCGGCGUUCUGGGCUGGGCGACGAGUAGAUAAUUGCCUCUCAUUCGAUGCUAUACGGGCGUUGCGUGAUGGAAAAUCAGUGGCCAAUGAAUCGAGUGAAACCAAAUUACAAACUUAUCCCCGGAUGUACCGGUAA